UGAAAGUGGUUGUGAAUUACGCACGCGUACUCAAUGGAAACGCCUUGAAUCGCGCGAGUGAUAAAACAACAAAAAUCAAACAGUCGGUUUGUGCGCGUGUGUCGUAGUGGUUGUAUGUGUGGCUGUCAAAAUUUGACGUUAACGGAUUUUUUCCUCCCACACGUUAAUAUAAAAAUACAUUUUGUGAAUAGUGAUCUGUGAUAUCGUAUAGAAAAAAUGACCAACGCUCCAGUGAAAAAAGUGCCUAUCCAUCUGCAGAGCUCCCAGAACCGGCUGCUCAUCAAGAAUGGACGCGUCGUUAACGAGGAUGGCAUGGAGGACGCUGAUGUCUACAUCGAAGACGGCAUCAUCAAGCAAGUGGGUCGGAACCUCAUCAUCCCUGGUGGCACUCGCACCAUCGACGCGACGGGCAAGCUGGUGAUGCCAGGCGGCAUAGAUCCCCACACCCACUUCGAGUUGGAGAUGAUGGGGGCGAAGACGGCUGAUGACUUCUACAAGGGGACCCGGGCUGCCGUCGCCGGGGGCACAACUACUGUCAUUGACUUCGUGCUGCCUCAGAAAGGACAAUCCCUAAUUGAAGCUUACAACAACUGGAGACAAAAGGCUGAUAGCAAGGUGUGCUGCGACUACGGCCUCCACGUGGGUGUGACGUGGUGGUCGCCGGCCGUCCGCCGCGAGAUGGCGCAGCUGGUGGCUGAACACGGCAUCAACUCCUUCAAGAUGUUCAUGGCUUACAAAGAUGCGUGGAUGCUGGAUGACUACGAGCUGUGUCACGCGAUGGAGACGUGCGCGGAGUUGAGGGCGCUGCCACAGGUGCACGCGGAAAACGGUAACAUCAUAGCCCAUAACACGGAGAAGCUGCUCGCUGCCGGCAUCACCGGGCCUGAGGGCCACCAGCUGAGCCGGAAUGAGGAGGUGGAGGCCGAGGCCGUUAACAGGGCCUGCGUUAUUGCCAACCAGGUGAACGCGCCCCUGUACAUAGUGCACAUGAUGUCGAAGAGCGCCGUGGAGGCGCUGCGCCUAGCGAGACGCCGUCAGCGGCAGCCGAUCUUCGGAGAGACCUUGGCAGCCACCGUUGGAACCGACGGCACCCACUACCGCAACGCGUGCUUCCGUCACGCGGCGGCGCACGUGCUGUCCCCGCCGCUGCGGCCCGACCCCACCACGCCCGAGGCCAUCGUGCAGGCGCUGGCCGACGACGACCUGCAACUGAUAGGCAGCGACAAUUGCACGUUCGCGGAGGGGGACAAGGCGCGGGGGCGGGACAACUUCGCCCACAUACCCAAUGGCGUCAACGGCGCCGAGGACCGCAUGGCCGUGCUGUGGCAGAAGGCUGUUAACACUGGUAUGAUGGACCCGUGCCGCUUUGUUGCCGUGACCUCGGCCACCGCGGCCCGGGUGUUCAACCUGUGGCCGCGCAAGGGGGUCAUAGCGGCCGGCAGCGACGCCGACGUGGUGGUGUGGGACCCCCGCCUGCAGCGCACCAUCAGCGCCAGCAAUCACCACCACGCUGUCGACUUCAAUAUCUUCGAGGGCCAAAACGUGUCGGGCAGUCCCCAGUACGUGAUCGUCAACGGAAGAGUCUGCCUUGACGAUGGCAACCUACGUGUUGUGGAAGGUCUCGGCAAGUUCCUGCCGACUCGGGCAGACAGCCCCGCGGUAUACGGCGCCCCGGCCCACGCCCCCGCCGCGCCCCCCGCCCACACCCCGCACUCGCCCCGCUCUGUGACGUCAGCAGAGCACACUAACGGCACGCCCACAGGUGGGUACGAGGAGCUGCACCUGAACAAGCAGCUGGAAUCAAUGUCGGUGUCGGGUUCCGGCUGCAGCACCCCCACCGGCCGCAAGAUGCGCGAGCCCGGACAGCGGGACCUCCAGAACUCCACCUUCUCUAUCAGCAAGGAAAUGGAGGGAGCUGAUACGAAGACGUCUGUUCGCGUCCGAAACCCCCCUGGCGGCAAGUCGUCCGUGCUGUGGUAGACGUCAAGACAGCAACACAAUAGCAACUCAACAGCAAAUAAGUAGCAUCUCAACAGCAAGCUGCAAUUAGUAUUUCGCCGUGGUAGACGUCCAGACUGCAAUAAAACAGCAAGUGAACAGCUAUAGAACAGCAACUUAACAGCAAGCCGCAAUUAUGAUGUCGCAUAUUUAAAGAUUUAAUUUGCUUGGAGCAAAUGAACCAAUAAUUUUAUUUUGUGCAUGUGAAAAUGAUUGUUUUUAUAUAAUUUUUGAUACGGCCAAAAACUUCUGAAUCCAACAUAACACCACCAUUUAUAUAUUUUUUUUUAUUUUGUGGCCAAUUUUAUUUAAUACAAUGUUUAAACAAAUUUCAAAUCAAUCAUAAAAUCAGAAACAUUUUUAUUGACCAACUUUUCAAAUAAAUUCUAAAUGUUACGGACUAUCAUGUAAGGUCAAAUUAUCUGACUAAAUCAUGUUCAUUUUUUUGGGAAUUAAGUUUGAUUACAAAUUACAAUACAUUACUGAUACAUAACUGUUUCUAUAAAGACAAGGACUUUGACAAAAGAUCCUCAGAUUAAUGAGGAUACAACUUAAUAUGCAGUAAUAAUUUAUGUUUGUUCUAGUUUUUUGUAUUAAACAGUUAUAAUAAUAGUUUUAGUGCAUGGAAUUCAUAAUACAUAGACUGAUUGUAGACGAUUAGAGAGGAAUGUUUGUAUGUUAUCUCCUAAACUAGACCAAUGUUCCCGUCUUGUAUGGCAACAUACAUUUUAUUAUAUGUUCUAUUAUUAGAUUGUAUAUUUUAUAAUCUCUAUAUUAUAUUAAUUCGUGUAUGUAUGUAGCUUAAUACUGUUAAAUAUUCCUGCAGUUAGGAACACAUACAGUACAGUCAAAGAUAUCGAAUGAUUAACAUCCUGUCCUCAUGAUUUGUUCAACAUGGCAUACAUUUAUAAUUAGAAUAUGUACGACUAGUUAAAUGUUCAAUUUCUUAGACCGUACGACGUUUUCACAAAAUACGCCCAUCAUCUGCUUUCUAACUGUAUGAAAUAAGACCAAAAUCAUCUUCAAUUGUUUAGUUUAGAUUUUUGUAUCUAGAAAAUCAUAGCUUCUAGCAACUCAUAUUAUGUUAUUUUUAUAACUAAGUAAGUAUAUCAAAUAUUUCAAUUUCGAUUACUAUACUGAAUAGGUGACAUGCCAAAAUUUAUCAUGACAUUUAAAAAUAUCGAGCAUUUAAUUAACUCUUGCAUUUUAAUUACAAAUUAUGUAAAACUGAAAAUUAUAUUAUAUGCACUGUACUUACAAUAUAGACAUCAUCUUAUAUUACAUCUCAAAUGAUUGAUUUACUGUUAUCUAAUAUGAUGAUUUUCGUUAACAAGACUAUGCUAGCUAAUAUUUCUAAUUAACAUUAUUUUAAGCAAAUAUAGGUUGUAUUGUUAUUUCAUAUUAUUGAUAAUUUAUUUAAUUACUAGAUAAUAGAGUUAGAUGUUAAACUUUUCUGUUUUCAUAGCCUUGCACAGUAAAAAGCGCCAUUUAUCGAUCGACUUACCAUGACCUAAAUUGUAGAUGGCGCUGAAUGCCUCGUUUUAAAAAAACCAAAGAAUUUUAGGAACAGCAUUGCGCAUCUGUAACUAGUCUCCAACUAGCAUCACACCUACCUUUUAUAUUUUUCUAAACUCCCCGAUCACUUGUAUCAAAUAAACGAUGAAUAAUAAUAA